CGAGUAAUAAGUAUUUUGUCUCCGUCACCAAUAAUAACUCCAGAUUUCCUGCCGUGCAAUGCUACACUUGUCAUGGCUACAUAUUUUCGAAUUUGAAUGAUUUUCUUUCUAUCGCCGUAAAUGUGUAAUACGUUCACCAUUUCCCGGAGCGUAUCGGUAUUGCAUAAUUAUGUUAUUGUCCGUAGUGAUUGAAUUUCUUGCUGGGCCGAGCCCAUUGGCCAUUGGGACCAAUUACGUUUACUCAAACCUUGUUUGCCGCUCAAAGCUUUUGUUGUCAAGAACGCAUUGACCACGGACCGCUGUUUCUGAGUUCCUGCCUGAAAAUUGCACUGAGAACGCUUUAGGUGGGCUUCGAUAAGAGCUUGGAUUUCGUCUUCUGCAAAAGACUCAAUACAAAAUGACGGAGACCCGUAGUGCGAGCGAUGAGGAUUUGAUCGCGAUGGCCCGCUCUCAAGGGCCUGUGGAUGACAGCGGAAAAUAUGGGAAACCACGAACUUUCGAUCCCACUUUUCACGGACCUAUCAAAAAGCGGAGCUGCACUGAUGUCAUUUGUUUGAUUCUGCUUUUGGCGUUUAUUGGCGGAUGGGGUGUGGUGGCGUAUUUUGCUUUUGCGAAUGGAAACUGGGAUCGACUACUUUACCCAACAGAUUCUCGUGGCAGAAUAUGUGGAAGGCAAAACGGGGAUGUCGAUUUGACAAAUCGACCAUAUUUAUUCUAUUUUGACAUUUCGACGUGUCUGGGACCACAAACUUUGUUUCACGGCUGCCGUACACCUUCGGUAUGCGUGACACAAUGCCCAAACAAGACCUUUGUGUGGGAUAAUAUCGAUUUUAAAAACGACCCGGCUGAUCUUAUUUGUCUGGAUGGCGUUGACAAAAUCGCACAGGCUACCAAACCUUCAAGCCAGCGAUGUGCUUCGUAUUACGUCCAAAGUGGGACUAUUGGAGGACGCUGCAUACCAAUUUUGAACGUUCUGCAAUCAUCUGAUAACAGAAACGCCACUCGCCUUGCCGCUGUUCCCGAAUUGCCGGUGCCACAGGCUCAGAUUGCAAAUGGCACAAAAAACCUGUUCGAUGCACGAGCAGUUCUCGAAAAAAUAUUUUACGACUUUAGUGUAUCAUGGUGGAUGAUCUUCAUAGCGUUUGGAAUGACUAUGGUCAUUUCGUUUCUGUGGAUUGUCAUCAUGCGUUGGGUGGCCGGACCCAUGGUGUGGCUGGGAAUGUUGGCAGUGUUGGGUUUAUUGAGCUACGCUGUUUAUUAUUGUUUUACGAGAAUGGCCGCCAUCGAUGCUCUUAGGAAAGGGGAUCCCGGUGGGCAGGCGCCGCUGUUCACAUUGGAUAUAAAUAGCUAUCUGGCUCAAAGAGAAACAUGGAUGGCAUUUGGUAUUAUUUCCGCCAUCGUUUUGGGGAUUUUGGUACUUAUUGCAUUAUUUCUGCGUAAUCGGAUACGAUUGGCGGUGGCAUUACUCGAAGAAGCCAGCAAGAGUGUUUCGACAAUGAUGUGCACUUUAAUGUUUCCCAUACUGCCAUUUAUAUUACAACUGGUAGUUUUUGGAUUUUGGGGACUUUUAGCAGUAUUAAUGUCGUCCGCGGGUGAACAGAAAGGAAUCCUGGUUACCAAAGGUGCUCCUCAAAACACUAGCGCAGAACCAGUUUCCUGCGAUCUGAAACAAAAUUUCGCUUCGAAUGCCACGCAUGAAUGCAUAUUUGGGGAUUAUCAAAGAGACAGCAUGUAUGCGUAUUUGCAACUGUAUAACAUCUUCGGAUUGUUUUGGCUGGGAUUUUUUGUUGUUGGGUUGGGUGAGAUGGCCUUGGCCGGUGCCUUUGCCUCAUUUUAUUUCACGCGGAGAAAAGUAGACGACCUGUCGGCUUUUCCACUUGGAGCAUCAUUUGGACGUUGUUUCCGUUAUCAUCUAGGGUCCAUUGCGUUUGGUUCCCUAAUCAUUGCUGUUGUCCGAUUUAUAAGAUGGAUUUUAGAACAGCUUGACCAAAAACUGAAAAAAUCGGAGCUUGGAAUUGCAAGAUUUUUGUUGAAGUGUUGUGCAUGUUGCUUAUGGUGUUUGGAGAAAUUCCUGAAAUUUAUUAACCGAAAUGCGUAUAUAAUGGUUGCCAUAUACGGAAAAAAUUUCUGCCGUUCUGCUAAGAAUGCUUUUGAAUUGUUAAUGCGGAACAUUUUGAGGGUUGUUGUCCUUGAUAAAGUUACCGAUUUUUUGUUGUUUUUGGGCAAACUUGUGAUUGUCGGAGCUGUGGGAGUCUUUGCAUUCCAUUUCUUUGAUGGCACUUUUGAUCACGCCUUCCCAGCACCGCUUAACAAGCCUUCUCAGUUGAAUUACAUAGCCGUGCCAGUUGCUACCGUCAUCGUUGGAAGCUACUUGAUAGCGUCUGCGUUUUUCGGAGUCUAUGCGAUGGCGGUGGAUACGCUCUUCCUUUGCUUUCUGGAAGAUUUGGAGCGAAAUGACGGCUCAAAGGAAAGGCCUUACUAUAUGUCCAAAAAUUUAAUGAAGAUUUUAGGGAAGAAAAACAAAAAAGCCAAAAAAGAGAACAUCAAAACUACUGCUGCCUGAUUUAAAAAAUCAUGACUUUCCAUGUGCAUAGCCAAUCCUUGGAUCUCUCUGCCGAUUGUUGUUGUGAUUACACCAUGUUCCUCUAUAUUUACCGUUUAGCAUGACCUUUACUUUGUUCUUGUUUGCUUGACUCUGUUGAACUAGUGCGUUGUUGUCUGUUUUUUUUUUCACUUUUGUAAUAUUUGUAACAUAAGGUACCACGUGAUAUUUUGAUGGCUCGGAAAUUUCUGGACAACUGCUGUUCUGUAUUGCAGAGCAAAAAUAUAACAAAUAAUUACCUGAAAUAAUUG